AUGGGGUCUCACGGGGACGCCGGCUCCGUGGCCUACUGGCGGAGCCUGUGGGAGGCCGAGAGGGACGAGCUCGCGCGCUCGUCGCAAGUGCAGCAGAAGCUCCAAGCCGUGGUGCAGACGCUGCGGCAGAAGAGCGACGGGCUCGAGGCGGAGGUCGCCGAGCUCCGGGCAGCGGCGCCCCCGGACCCCCGUUGCGAGGAGCUGCAGGCGGAGCUCGAGGAGGCCGCCGACGCCCUGGCCCGCUCCGAGGCCCGCCGCCAGCUGUGCGCCUCCGAGGCCGCGGCGCAGAGGCACGAGCUGCGGGAGCACGAGGGCCGCGCCGCCGCCUCCCGCGCGGCCCUCGAGGAGUCCCGGGCGGCUGGGGCGCGGCUGGCGGAGGCUUGCCGGAGGGCCGCGGAGCGGCGCGAGGAGGCGCUGGCGCGCGCGCGCUCGAUGGUGACGGCCGACGCGCUGGCGCGCGCCGCGGCCGAGGCCGGGGACCUGCGCGGGCAGCUGCUGGAGCACGAGGCCGAGGCCGCGCGGCUGCGGCAGGCGCUGGCGGACAGCUGGGCCGCGCGCGGGGAGCCCGGGGAGCAGGCCGCCGGCGCCGGCGGGGCCGCUGGGCAGGAGAAGCAGGAGGAGGGCCCUGCGCUGGAGAGCCUCGACGACGUCGAGGAGCAGUUGAGGUGGCUGGCCGGCAUGCAGCAGCAGGCCUCGGCGGAGGUGCACCACGUGCUCAAGCUGGAGCGCACGGAGGCCGCGCUGCAGGCGCGGCUGCGGGAGGUCUCCGAGCAGCAGGCCGCCCUGCGCUCCGAGCGCGUGGACCUGGGGUGCGCCGGCCGCGCCAUGCGCGAGGCCAUGGCGACGCAGAGCGAGAUCUCCGUGGCGCGGGCCUCGGAGCUGGAGGAGGCCCGGCGCAGCACGGACGAGGACCGGGUGAAGCUGAUCUCGGAGAUCGCCGACGCGCAGGCGCGGCUGGAGGUCCUGGCCCCCGAGCUGCGGGACCUGGCCGAGCUCGAGGGCCGCCACGCCCGGCUCAGCGCCGAGCGCAAGGCCCUGGCGGACGCGAGCCAGCGGCUGCGCGACGUGAACGGGGCCCUUGGCGUGCUGCUCCUGGGCGACACUGGGUCCACACAUACACACACACACACACACACACACACACACUCAGAGGAGGGAUAUGUACCCAUACUGCUACCAUCCGCUCGUUUUCCCCCCUCUUUGGCCUCCUCGGAGGCCCUCGUCGCCACCGUUGGAUUCGCCCCGAGAUUCUGGUCAGAACGCACCCGGGGGAGGUCCUGGAAGUAG